ACUUUUUUCUCUUAGGGAACAGCACUUAUAUAAUAGCGAUCCAUUAUAUGUCCCAGAAGAGAGAAUUCUUGUCACUGAAACACAGGUCAUUCGUGAAACAAUUUGGCUUCUUUCAGGUGUAAAAAAACUCUUUAUAUUUCAGCUGAAUGAUGGAAAGAUAACUGUGAGAAAUGACAUCACAGUAACCCAUUUGACACAUAAUUCAUUAAGAUCAAUGCUGGAGCGUAUAGCUGCAUAUGGACAAGUUGUAUUUAGGCUACAAAAGUUUAUUGAUGAAGUCAUGGGUCACAGCUCAGAAAGUGGCAUACAUGGAACCAUAUCCACUCCCAAGAAAUCUGCAGAAGCCCCUUUCAGAACGUAUCAGGCAUUUGUGCUAGCUCUCUAUAAAUAUUUCAUUAAUUUCAAAGAAGAACUUACAGAAAUUGAGAGAUGCGUAAUCAAUGAAGACACUACAAUCACCCUUUCCAUAGUCAUAGAUAAGUUGUCACAUCGAUUGGCGCAACUGAAAGUACUUCAUAAGGUUUUUAGCACUGGAGUUGCUGAAGUACCACCUGAUACUCGCAAUGUUGUAAGAGCAUCUCAUUUGCUCAAUACCUUGUACAAAGCAAUUCUUGACUAUGACAAUAUUGGAGAAGCCUCUGAACAGACAGUCUCUCUUUUGUUUUCUCUGUGGGUUGAAACAGUAAGACCAUACCUACAGACAGUGGAUGAGUGGAUUGUCCAUGGUAAUUUAUUUGAUCCUGCUAAAGAAUUUAUAAUUCAGAGAAACAAAAAUGUUUCAGUAAAUCAUAGAGAUUUUUGGUAUGCCACCUACACAUUAUAUAGUGUAUCAGAAAAGACUGAGAAUGAAGAGAAAAUGAGUGAUAAUGCUAGUGCCAGUUCUGGCAGCGAUCAGGCACCAUCAAGCAGACAGCAUACCAUGGUUUCCUUUUUAAAACCUGUGUUAAAGCAGAUCAUUAUGGCUGGGAAGUCCAUGCAGUUGUUAAAAAAUUUGCAGUGCACGGAUGGUUCCCCACAGCCAGCUGCAGCACGAGGUGCAGAAAGGAAGAGCUUGUACGUGUUAUUUUUGGAGUCUGUGCAAUUGCGUCUACGUCAUGGGGACGAACAUAUUCAAGAUACUUUUAUAGAACAACGGGCUACUAAGGAAAGCCUAAUAAAGAUGCAGUCUAUUGCAGAAAGACAUUUAGAAUUGGAUAAUAUUCAUGAUCCUUUAUUGGCUAUUAAUUUUGCAAGGCUAUAUCUGGAUCAGGGUAACAUACAUGAGACGCUUACUGCUGGUGAUGUUUGUGUGGACAGGUCAUCCGAAUCAGUUACAUGCCAGACGUUUGAGCUGACGCUGAGAUCUUGUCUUUACCCUCACAUUAACAAGCAGUAUCUAGAGUGUUGUGGAAAUUUAAUGCAAACUUUGAAGAAAGAUUACAGGCUGGUAGAAUACCUGCAGGCAAUGAGAAACUUUUUCUUACUUGAGGCUGGUGAUACAAUGUAUGACUUCUACACAUCUAUUUUUGAUAAAAUUCGAGAGAAAGACACAUGGCAGAGUGAAGCAUUCCUAAAUGUCCAGCUUCAAGAAGCAGUUGGACAACGUUAUCCAGAGGAUAGUUUAAGGUUGUCAAUUCUAUGUGAAAAUAUUGAUAUAGCAAAGAAGAAGUUGCCUGUUCAUACACUAGAUGGCUUAAUACUGAGUUACAAGGUCCCUUGGCCAGUGGAUAUAGUUAUAAGCGUUGAGUGUCAAAAAAUCUAUAAUCAAGUCUUUCUCUUAUUGUUACAAAUAAAGUGGGCCAAAUACAGUCUGGAUGUGUUGAGGUUUCAUGAACUAGUCAGAGCAGCAGAAAAGCCCCAGAAUAACAGAGGUACUGUACUUGAUCAAGAAGCAGUUCUUCAGUUUGGAUUUCAGUUGGAGCCCAUUAAACAACAAACUCAUCGUAUGUUUCUUUUAAGAAUGAAACUCAUGCACUUUGUUAACAGCCUGCACAACUACAUUAUGACUAGGAUUCUUCAUAGUACAGGUUUGGAGUUCCAACAUCAAGUAGAAGAAGCAAAAGAUUUAGAUCAAUUAAUCAAAAUACAUUAUAGAUACCUUUCUACAAUCCAUGAUCGUUGCCUCCUGAGAGAAAAGGUUAGUUUUGUGAAAGAAGCAAUAAUGAAAGUUCUGAACCUAGUAUUGAUGUUUGCAGAUCGUUGGCAAGCUGGUUUGGGAGCUUGGAAGAUGGAAUCCAUAACGAAGAUGGAAUCAGAUUUUAAAAACUGCCAUAUGUUUCUUGUGACAGUACUAAACAAAGCAGUCUGUAGAGGCUCUUUUCCACAUUUGGAAUCUUUAGCUUUGUCACUCAUGGCUGGAAUGGAACAAACUUAGCAUGACAUACAAGCAUGAAAUUAUACACAAGCAACAACUUCUUUGAAACAUUGUGGUAUUAGCUGAAAUGUCCUUUGAUUUAUGUUGCAGGCACUUCGUUUUGAUUGGUCACAGUAUUUCAGUCCUAGGUUUCUCACAUAUAUGUACAAAUGUAUAGAUAAUACACUUGAAACUGUACAAAUGUAAAUAAUGAAACUAUGAUUAAUUUUAUAUGUGAAAUGUUUUUCUGACCAAGCCAUAUUUUUGUUUUCCUCUGUGAGACACAAACAGCAAAACAAAUGUUGUAAAACAAACCUUUUAAAUAUUUCCAUUAACUCUAUAUUAGUGCAUAAGUUAUCAAUUAUCCCUAAAUAUAAUACUAGUGAUGUUGGAUUGAGUUUCCUUUUCCCCUCUUCAGUAUAUAAUUAUUUUGAUUAAAUUAAAUUCACAACUGUAGUGGCUGUGAUAAAUAUCAAAUUUCAAUAAAAUUGGC